GGUGUGAAAAACGCCCGUUGGAUGACCGGAUGGGAUGGGCACCUGAAUUGUGCCAGGAACAUGUCAUUUUACUCUCGUCCAGUGCAGAGUUACAGUGCUCCAGAUCCAUGCGUACUGGAAAUAAAAUAUACUUAGGGCUGCGAAAUGAAGCUGGAGCUGCGGGGACUGGCCCCGGGGACACGGCUGGGGGUCCUCGCCGGACUGGGCAGGUCGGGGACGCGCGCCAUGGAGGUGCCGGGAUGUCUGCUGUACACGCACUGCGGCUCCGUGCCGCACCUCACCCACGACACGCUCGACGCGCUCGGGCGCCUGCCUGCCGUCACCCAGCUGCCGCUGGCCACCGUCGCUGAACAUCAGGAGGUCCUGGAGGCCUUCAGGGAGGGAGCAGCUAAGUUGGCAGGUCUCCACGACACGGUUCUGUUCUGCUCGCUCCAGGACCCCGCGGCGCCCUGCCCUGCCGGGUACAACACCAGCAAGAGCGUGUCCCUGUGGAGCGCGGCCGGCCGGAUCGAGCUCACCGUACCAAAGUACGUGGCGAUGCAGGCGGCGGUUCGACCUGACUGGUACCAGAGCCUGGCAGAUGGAGACGCCCAGCCAGCCGGCUCUUCGCUCAAGAGGGUCCGCAGGUCCGUGGAGCGCACUCUGACACACCUGGACGAGUGUGUGCUGCUCCACCAGAAGACGGCGGAGCUUGUGGGGGCGGAGCUCUUUGGCGUGGUGGAGGGCGCCGACGUGCGGGAGGAGAGGGUGCGGUCCGCCCGGGAGACCGCAAAGCGCCCCGUGGGGGGCUUCGUCCUGGAUGGCUUUCAGUCGGGCGUCAUGGACCAGGCGCUGCGCGCUCAGCUCAUCGCCGCGGUAACAGCGGAGCUGCCCCGGGACAAGCCCAGGCUCGUGCUCGGCGUGGGCCGACCGGACCAGGUGCUGUCCUGCGUGGAAGGAGGGGUCGACUUGUUUGAGGGCUUCUUCCCCUUCGUGGCGACGGAGCGCGGUUGCGCCCUCUGCUUUCGCUUCGCCAUGGAGCCCGACCCCGAGAGCGCAGUGCAGGAACAGAACGGGGUCACGGAGGACGGGGGCAGCAGCAGGACCGAGGACCCCGAGCACCAGGACCUGCAACAGAUGACUCGCUUUGAGAUGAAUCUCAACGACAGAAGGUACCGCGAUGACUUGCGCCCCCUGGUGGUCGGAUGUGGCUGCUACUGCUGCCGGAACCACAGCAGAGCGUAUCUGCACCACCUGCUCGUGACCAAAGAGCUGCUGGCCGGCGUCUUGUUAAUGCUGCACAACGUCUCGCACUACAGCAGCUUCUUCUCCAGCGUGCGGGAGGCACUGGCCACCGACCGGCUGGAGACGCUGAAGAGCGUGGUGCUGGGGGUGUGAGGACUGCAUCGCGUUGGGUUUGCGGCGCUCGCUGCUGUGGUACACUUGGUAAGAACACCAAAGGGCACCGUCCCCUUUCCGUGAUGGUCUGCAGCUGGCUUUGCGCAUCGCUGUCCUUUGUUCCUGUGCCGUUCUUAUCGUGUUGUACGACUGAAAUGAUGGAAUUAUAGUUUCGCUUAUUUCUGUUGCGCACAGAUCAAUUAUAUACCGUCAUUGUAGGUCUUUUACAGUGUUCUCAUAUUUGGAAAAAUUGCUUUUGGGCUUUCUGGUGGCCUGGGAACCCAUUUUAAGACAUUUUCUAUAUUUCUCCCCAUUAAAAUAAUGGCCUUUUGCUGUGGCAGAUGUCUAUGAACGGAU